UUUGACACUUUUGACAGUUUAACUGUUUUUUUUUUUGGACAUUUCACAACUUUUAUUUUUAAUUUCAUUAGUCAUUCUAUUUUCGAACAAAUAUACACGUAAUUUUAUUGGUAGCUCCGAGGCUAUAUAUAAAACCCUAGUAGCCGGUCUUUACCUAAAUCAAAUAUCAGUAGUGAAAUCCGACCUUCAGUAAAAGAAAUUUUGAAAAAUGAGUAUCCAGUGGACCCUGAUCGCAGGUUUUCUGUACGCCGAAAUCGCUCUCGUGUUGCUUCUGGUACUGCCAGUUGCCAGUCCCAGGAGAUGGAACGCAAUUUUCAAAUCCAGGUUCCUGCAAGCCCUUCAACGUCAGGCCGGAGUCUAUUUCCUGAUUUUGCUCGGAAUUCUGGUUUUGUUCCUGCUGGAUGCCAUCAGAGAGAUGCGCAAAUAUUCAAAUAUGGAAGCUGACGACCACGGCCAUGCCCAUUUAGACCGCGAAAUGCAAGGUAGCAUGCGACUAUUCCGAGCCCAACGCAACUUCUACAUUUCCGGCUUCGCUCUGUUCCUCGCCCUGGUAAUCAGACGUUUAGUGACUUUGAUUUCGUCACAAGCCGCCCUCUUGGCCCAAUCUCAAGCUUCGAUGGCCCAAGCUCAAAGUGCCACCACAGCUGCUCGCAGCCUCUUGGCCAAAAGCGGCGAAAUUCAGCAGAACGACACCAACGAGGCUCACGACAAGGAAAUUACCGAGUUGAAGAAGGAAAUUUUAGAACUGCAAAACCAGCUGGGUUUGGAGAAAAAGGAUAAGGCUGCUGUUAAGAGUCAAGCUGAUAAUUUGGCUAAGGAAUAUGACAGGUUGUCUGAAGAGAAUAUUAAAUUGCAGAAGAAGAUUACCAUUGGAGCUGGUGACAAAAAAGAUGAAUAACUUUUUUAAUUAUUUAUUUAUAAUAAUAUUAUUAUAUUUAGUCUUUAAAAUGAAGAAGGCUGCACCUUAUAGUUUGUAUGGUUGGUGGAUAAAUUAGUUUGUAUUUAAAAAACAUUUAAUUUCUUUUGGAAGGUGUACCAAUUUAUUCACCCUAAUUUUAGUUUCAUUUUUGUUAGUGUUCCAUUACUUACCUAACCUUGUUUUUUAAUAAAUAUUUUUUAUUGUCCUUAAAGUGGUUUUAUUUAUCUUUACUUUUUUCUGUCUCAAAUUUUAUUUUCACUGGACUGAAUGACCGUUUACUCUUCGACUUUCGAUUCUAUGGUUUAUUUUUUUCCAAGAUAGAUUUUGGCAUUGUCAACUUUGAAACAUAAACAAUGCCGCUUAUUGGUCGCUAUUGUAAAACUGAUGUCAACCUGCAGAAAUACCUCAUUUUGCGACCAAUCAGGGUUUAGCGUUAUUGUUUAUGUUUCAAUGUCAAAAUCUAUCUUGAGAAAAAAUAAAGUGUAGACCUUCAUGGUCCAUCAUGUUGAAAGCCUUGCUAAGGUCAGAGUAAACUGCAAAAGGACAUUUUCCAGUAUCCAGUGCCUUCGCUAUAACAAUAAUGUGAUUACGAGAUAAUAGGGGUUGUUUCGUUACAAGUGAACAAACUCGAGAAUUUUCUUAUGACAUUUGUCUUCACUUUUUAAUUUUCACUUCAAACAAAGCAUAGCGUUGCCAUCCUAUUAUUUCAGAUUUAUUUAUUUAUUGAAAAACGUAAAAUUAUGAUACAUUAUAUUUAAUUUAAAACAAAUUUAAAAUAAUUAUUCUUGAUCCCUAUUACUUAUUGGUCGUUUGCAUUGACCAUUUUAGGGAAGCCUUAACGAGAAGUAUUUCUUAAAAUGACAUUUUCAUAUGGAGAAAUGUCACUUUAAGGAAUACUUAACGCUAAGGCUUCCUUAAAAUGGUCAGUUCAAACGGCCAUAUGUAAUGUAAAAAGCAGCAAAAUGUUAUCAUUUUGGUAAUCCAGCAACAAUGGAACUCUCAAUACCGACAUGAUCUUCGCCUCUUAGUAUUUUGAAAGUGCCGUUAUCGCCCCAAUCGGAAUUCCACGAGUUGGCAAUCAACCAAUAAGGCACGUUAUUUUCGACGCCCCAUCCUAGAAUCCUUAUGGCAUGUCCUCCUAGGAAUUUGCCUGAUACGUGUUGAUACACACCUGAAAUUUUUACAAUAGUUAUAACACA